CCCAUGAACGAAGUCCUAAGUCGAGUGGUGCAUGAGUGCGAGGCCGAGAUGCGAUAGUUGCUUGCCAGCAUCAGUGGCCGGAAUGCUCAUAGCGACAGAGCUUGACUGUUGAUGGCAUUACACUUGGGUUUGUCGUGCCUGCUAUCCCUUACAUAGAGCUUUGGCCGCUCAGUCGUUCAAACUCAUGCGCUCACUUUCCAGUGCCAUCACAUGCGCUGAGCAUCUGAGUUGGGAAGCGCCACUCUACUUCGUUGCUGGCUCCUUUUUUUUGGCUGAACUCUUGACUUAUUACCGCUCCUGGACAGCGUCUUCGUAGCCAGUCAAUGACCGCAGCCAUCAAUACAAUGUACCAACCUUUCCCAGAUGCUCCUUCACCGGCGUCAAUGACUUGAGUCUCCACCAACGACACCAUGCCAAGACGACAACAGACCUCAGCUGGCACCCCAGCAAGAACCAGCAUAAGCUUCAUGAAGCUGCCACCGGAGCUGCGCAACCGCAUCUACCGUCUAGUCCUCCCUGCAGACACCACGAUUGAGCUUGGAAGCAAAGCAGCUGCUGAGCACAAUGCACUUCUUCGGACAACGAGCCAAAUCCGCCAGGAAGCGAGCGACAUAUUCUAUGCGGGCAACAAGUUCCUCAUUACAAUCAGCCCAUUCAAUGCCGCCAGAAUGGCUCGGCGAAUUCAGGUUGCCGGAAGGCGCAAUCUAGGCGUCAUCCCAAGCUUGACCAUCCGCGUUGGCUUCUGCGCCAGAAAAAAGCUAGAAAUGGACGAGCUAAGACAUCAUGUGGCAGACGCAGACCGGGGGACUUUCGCGGCGAAUCUGGUCACGUACUUCAAAAUCGUCCGUGUCUGGACAGAGAAGCUCGGCGAGACCAUGAUCGGCGAAUUGGCGGCCGUCGGUAUCAGACCCGUCGUUAUGGGUACGCAUAAGAGCUCAAAGUCAUGGACCCUUGUCCUCGAAGUCCAAUACUUUUUCACACAAAGGGCAAUGACAUCGUGGGUGAGCACGGUCAAGGUUGGGAUGAAGCGCGUGAUAGCCAGGGCGAAGCGGUCAGAUCUGAAAGCGAAAAGCAAGCAGCCAGAGUGAGCGGUUCGAAAAUCUUGGCGGAGGGUGCGACUCCUGGCGUCUCUCAGAU